AUGAGGUCCGUUCUACUCUCUGUUGCUUCGCUAUUUGCCAGUCUUGCUUCAGGUGCUGUGACUGUGACAAGGACAGACCAAGGCCCAACUGGAUACGAGGUCACCAUCACCUAUCAGAAUACAAGCGUCGAUAGUGUCAUCAUUUCAAGUUUACCACAUUUGACUGAUCAGUAUUCAACCUCCUUCUGGUCCUGGUCAGACUUUGAUCUGAGUAAGUACAAGCCCGGGGACUUUCCACGAGACCCUCAAGACGGAUCAUACUAUGAAAUGAUUAAGACGGGACCCGGCGAAUUCACCUGGACAAGACCAUUCCUCAGUGGUACAUUCCAAUAUUCCUUCUUGCUGGAUUGUGUCAAUGCCAGCCUGUGCAACACCACAACCGGUCAAGAGAUCACGGAUCCGACAAAUCCACCCUACGAGACUGUGCCAGGUUCCGAGCUAGUCUCCACGUUUCAGGUCCCAUAUCAUCAUGAUUUUCAAUAUUACCCGGAUCAGAACAUCAAUCAAGACUACGCACUGCCAUAUGGAAACAAUGCUAGCAAGGGGACCCUCAAGAUUGAGAAAUACAAAUCACCAGGCUCAAUAAGCCCGUCUCCGGGCAUUCAUGACUAUGUCGUAUAUCUCCCCGUGGGGUACAACGCCAACGACACUUCCAAGAAGUACCCACUACUCUACCUCUCCCACGGUGGAAACGGAGCAGCAGGCGAUUGGCAGAAUCAAGCCUAUGUCUCGAACAUAUUGGAUCGCCUCAUUGGUGACGGCCACAUGGAGCCCACGGUAGUAGUAAUGCCAACUUGGUACGGCAUUAUUGCCAACACGACCAAUCCAGCAGCUCUUUACGUUCGAAACUAUCCAGACUCUGCGACAAUUGCAUCACUCUACAGCAAAUACCUUUUCCCUCACGUUGAAUCAACCUAUCGCGUAAGCAAUGAUUCCAGUGGACGCGCGUUUGCCGGUCUCUCACAAGGUUCUUUCUUGACUUACGAAUUCUAUGUCAACUACACCUCUUACUUUGGCUACUAUGGCAUUAUGUCUGGAGGACCGGCUACAAAUUCCGAAAACGAACCUCCAGCAUUGAGUGGUUAUGUGAAUGCUUCUAUGGCUGCUUCGAAUCCAGAUCUCCUGACCCGUGGACUCUUCCUAUCUUAUGGACAGUAUGAUGUUCUGUUCACAGAUGCUAGAAGACUCCAGGAAGCACUUGACGAUAUUGGCGCUGUUUAUGUGACUCGGUUCUUACCUUGGGGAUUCCACUUUUGGAAUACCUGGCAAGAUGCAUUUUGGCACAUGGGACGCACAGCUCUAUGGAAGCCAAUUCCAUUUACCAAGUCCACUGGACAUGAGCAAUGA